AUGGUGUCGACCCGUCUCCUGCUGCUCUCAGCAGCUUUCCUCUUCCUCACCUCGGCGGCAACCAUCAAGAAAUGCCGUGACGAAACCUUCCAAAACCCAGUCCUCUACGAAGACUACCCAGACAACGACAUCUCCGUCGGUCCAGACGGCGCCUUCUACUUCUCCGCCUCCAACUUCCACUACAGCCCCGGUGCUCCCAUCCUACGCUCCCUCGACCUCGUCAACUGGGAGCCCGUCGGGCACUCCAUUCCCCGUCUCAACUUCGGCGACGGUUACGACCUCCCGCCCGGCGGGCCCCGCGCCUAUCGAGGUGGCACAUGGGCCUCGACGCUUCGGUACCGCGAGAUCACCUGGGUCUUUACUGCCUCAUCUGUCGAGGGGCCGUGGUAUAACCGCGCCAACUUUGGUGGUGGGAAUUGUAUGUAUGACAAUGGGCUGCUGAUUGACGAUAAUGAUACAAUGUAUGUGGUCUACGGCAACGGCAAGGUCAGCGUGUCGCAGCUCGCUGCCGAUGGACUUAGUGUUGUGAAGACGCAGCAGGCAUCUGAUGUCAAUACCGAGACAGUGGAGGGUAAUAGGAUGUACAAUAUUAACGGGACGUACUACAUCCUCAACGACCAGCCCGGAUCCACGACAUACAUCUGGAAGUCGAGCAGUCCGUGGGGUCCCUACGAAGCCAAGAUCCUGGGCCAGAAUAUCGCGCCACCGCUGGAGGGAGGGAACUCGCCUCACCAGGGAAGUCUCAUUAAGACCGCGCAAGGGGACUGGUACUUCAUGUCCUUCACUUGGGCGUAUCCCGCGGGCCGCAUGCCUGUGUUGGCGCCCAUUGUCUGGGGCGCGGAUGGCUUCCCCGAGAUCCAACGGCGGUUGGGCUCUUCUUACCCGCUCCCUCUUCCAUCUCAACCCUUGUACAACUGGACGCGAACCUACACUUUUGGAAGCGAACUCGGUCCAACCUGGGAAUGGAACCACAACCCCGACGUCGCGAGCUUCGAAAUCAAUAACGGCGUGACCCUCCGCACCGCCAGCGUCACUGAAGACAUUUAUUCUGCGAGAAAAACCCGCACCCACCGGAUCCACGGAGAGUUUCCCAAGGGCACCGUUGAAAUCGACUUUAGCAACAUGGCCGACGGCGACAGGUUCGGGCUCGCGGCGUUCCGGGACCAGACUGCGUACAUCGGCAUCCACCGCAACGGCAGCGAGUACGCCCUCAAAGCGAUCCAAGGCAUCAUCAUCGACGAGUGGUCUGGCAAUCCCGUCGAUUCAGGCAAAGAGGUAGCUUCGGCGCCUGUGCCGAGCGGCGUUACCAAGGUGUGGUUCCGGGCUGAACUGGAUGCGCGGCCGACAGGUACUAGGGACGCCGACUUUUUCUACAGUUUUGAUGGCGUUGAGUUCACUAAACUUGGAGAUAUGUAUGAGCUGUACUCUGGAUGGGCGUUCUUCAUUGCGUAUCGUUUCGGAAUUUUCAACUUUGCUACGACGCAGUUGGGAGGGUCGAUCAAGGUUAACACAUUUACUGCAGCUUGA